UGCUGGGUCGACCUUGAUCUUGACAGACAGGAUGCUCAGCUCUAUAAGACGGCCCUGCAGAGAGGAGCAGCACACAUCACAGCAACAUCAUCAUACUGUCAACAGGCAAUAAUGGAUUCUCUCUUCAGAGGCACCCUGUGGACCAUACUCAUCCUCUUCACACUGCCACACCUCACCUGCAACAUGCUGUGCCCCGGCAGCUGUCUGUGUAACUUUAAAGGUGCCGUCAAGUGUGUUGGCGACGCCAUCACAGAUAUACCACAUAAUCUGCCCGUCCACACGUACCUGCUGCAACUUAAUGGCACUCAAAUGAACAUCAUCAAUGAGCGGAGCUUGGCUGACCAGGACCUGCUGUCGCGUUUCAGUCUGACAUACAGCCACUUACAUGCUAUCCAUCCCAAUGCCUUCCACGUUGCUCCACAGCUCAAGUCUGUCAAGCUGUCGUCCAACGAUCUCUCUACCAUCUCUGCUCGGGUCUUCAGUCCGUUGGCGACACUGUGAGCUCUGUGAGCGCAU